AUGAAAGAAAGCAAAGUCUUCGACGUUAUUGUCGUUGGAGGCGGCCCCGUCGGACUUGCGACUGCCUACGAAGUCGCAAAGACCGGCUCCAAGGUUAUUGUACUCGAGCAAAACAACUUCUUCAACCAUGCGGGGAGCUCUGGUGAUCUGGCUAGGAUGUUUCGGACGAUGUAUACGGAAAGCUUCAUGGCUGAUCUCGCCAAGGAAUCCAUGGGUCUAUGGGAUGAUCUCGAGAGAGAAUCGAGCACGUCCCUUCGCUGGAUGAGCGGCCUUCUCAAUUUUGGCGAUAAGGAUUUAGGUGAAAAUAGUCCUGAAGGAACAUUACUGGAUCCAAUUAAACACCUCACAAGACUUCAAAUGGCAUAUAAGAAAUUAACCGUAGAAGAAAUUCAGAAACGCUACCCCUUCAAGGACUUGCCGUCGGACUGGGUUGGUGUAUACGCACCCGAUAACGGCGUCAUUAACGUGCAGCUUCUUUUACGGACUCUACUCAGCUUAGCAAAAGACUAUGGUGCCGAGACCAAACAAAAUACGCAAGUCAAAGAAAUCCGUCUUUCCGAGAGUGACAGCAAUAUCUGGGAAGUUCACACCAUCCGCCAUGAAAAGGAUCUUGUCGUCUUCAAAGCGAAGAAGAUUGUUAUAGCAUCUGGCGCUUAUGUCAAUCAUGUGCUGAAGCCUAGCUACGGCAUCUCCCUUGAUCUUUGUAUCUGGGAGAUGGUUGCUAAUUACUUUAACUGCAAUGCCGGGCCGAACGGGACAAUAUUUCCUAGCAUGUGGUUCCAAUUUGCCCCUCCGGAUGAGAAUAAAAGGUCGCAGCUGUUCUACGGAUUUCCGACUUUACCUUGGGGACCCCCCAAUGUUGUCCGUAUUGCUGUCGACGCUGCCAGUAAUCGAAUCAAAGACCCUAAGGAUCGAAAGACUAGCGUCGUUAAUCCAGAUGAUAUUCAUGACACACAAGAAUUCAUCAAGAAGCACAUCGUCGGUGUCGAUUCCACCGUCCCCGCGUUCACUUUAUCGUGUCUACAGACUAAUGUUUUUGACAAUAUGUUCGUUCUGGAUUACAUUCCGGAAGAAUACCUUCGUGGUGGUCCGAAGGACAGUGUGGUGGUCUUCACAGCCGGCUGGGCUAUGAAGUUUGUGCCGUUGCUUGGUAAGGCUCUGGCGGAUAUGGCUCUUCACGGGAAGUCCGAGUAUGCCCGUGGAGAAUUCUCUAUUACUCGUAAAGGUGUCAAAGGUGAGACUAUUAUUGUCGAUCAUAGCAAACCGCAAAAUAUGGCGGAGUCGUUUCCCUGUUUAAAUUUAGAAGAAGGUGAAGUACAGAGUUUUAGUGCAAGGCCUCAGCAAGCCUCGGGGUCAUCUAUGAGAUCUCGAAGGUCUCACACGACGUCGACUGAGCAAUAG